GAUGCGUGCGUCGAUCGCUGGUUCGCCUGUGUCCCCUACCAAAUGAAGAUGAUAUUCAAGGUUGAAGAUCAUAGACCUUCAACGGGGGGAGUCUAUGCUGAAGAAUAUGUUCCGCUGCCAAAAGGUGAUGUUCACAAGAAGAAAGAAGUUGUUCAGGAUGUAACUCUGCAUGACUUGGAUUGUGCCAAUGCUAAGCCACAGGGUGGGCAAGAUAUCAUGUCCAUGAUGGGCCAACUAAUGAAACCAAAGAAGACUGAGAUUACAGAUAAGCUGAGGAAAGAAAUCAAUAAAGUAGUAAACAAAUACAUAGACCAAGGUAUAGCUGAAUUGGUGCCAGGAGUUCUGUUCAUUGAUGAGGUACACAUGCUAGACAUUGAAACAUUCACAUACCUACACCGGGCCUUGGAGUCGGCUAUUGCGCCUAUUGUUAUUUUCGCUACGAACAGAGGCAAAUGCCAAAUAAGAGGCACUGAAGACAUAAUUUCUCCACACGGAAUUCCAUUAGAUCUUUUGGACAGGCUUCUGAUUAUUCGCACUUUGCCAUACAACAAAGCUGAGCUUUUGCAGAUAUUGAAACUUCGAGCGGCGACAGAAGGUAUUGCUAUUGAUGACGAAGCCCUCACCGCCCUUGCAGAAGUUGGAGCUAACAGUACCCUUAGGUACGCAGUGCAGCUACUGACGCCGGCGUCGCUGGCGGCGCGCGCGGACGGCGCGGCGCGCAUCACGCCGGCCCACAUCACGUCGGUGCACACGCUGUUCCUGGACGCCAAGUCCUCCGCCCGCAUCCUCACACAGCACUCUGACAAGUACAUGAAGUAAACCCAAGCACUCUAGGUAUUUCUAACUGUUGAACAAUCCAACUUUAAGCCUAUAUUCAUUGAUCGGAUUGAUUCUCACAACUGUCGAUAUCUCAUAUUACCCAUUAUCGUAUGUAUACAUUCAAGUAUGUAGUUUUACUAUAAUAAAUAGGUGUCUUGAAUGACACCAUAGUAUCGAAAUCUUGUACUGAUAUGUAUUUCCAGUAAGACAUUUAAAAUGUGUUUCCAUUAUAUUUAGUUUGACACUAUUCAUGUGAUAUGUUCUAUUUGAAAGCACUGUAUAAGAUAAUUUAAUCAACGUCUAUAAACAAUGUGUCUGGUAGUUCUAUGCAUUAGAGGGAUGUCUAUUUUUGUUCUGACUUAGGAUUUGCACUUUAGUUUGAUGGUGUUCAUUCCACCGAAUGUUACAUAUUAUUGGUGUUCAAGAAAGAAAGCGGAAUUGUAUAAUAAAUAAGUUUUUAUUUUAUAAAAAGUUUCUUAUUCUAUGUUAGACCUAUAUUUAUUUACACAACAAUAAUUUCAGGCUUUUGCAAUUCAUAUAACAACAGUAAAACAACUCUUUAUCGAAAACAUUCAAUGUAACUAAUAUGUACGAACGUUGUUACUCUAACAAAAUGUAUGUACAAAAUAAUUA